GUUGAACUGACAAAAUAAGCGGACAUAUAUGGAGCGUUAUCAAUGGACUUGAAUCAAACAUAUCCAUUGCGCUUAUAGACUACACCGGACUAGAUUUAGGUCUAAGCGCGAGCAAUAUUCUUUGAGUAUAAUCGAAUUUUGGCAGGUGGUGAAAUGGUGAUGUAUUACAGCGUACAGAGGCACCUCGGGAUACUACUUACUGGCGACCUCCUUAGCUGAACGAGUCACUGGAUACAGUUCCCCUCUUGCCUCUUGGAACACAAGCGGUUAUCGUCAUCAAUGGGAACUAUGGAUGGUUCUGGGGCUGCUAUUUUCGAGAGCAAGAAGAAACCUGUUUGUGAAGACUCUGGGAAGUGGAUAAAUAAUCAUCACAACAAAAACCACACCUCUAAUACCGCGCAAUCGCUGCUCGAUCUCAUUCUCAACUUCCUGUCCACUUCUAGCAACGAAGUUCUAUUCCUCACCUUACUUUUUUCGACAGCCGCAACAUUUAUCAUAUUUGGGAGAGUUGGAUUACUUCUUAUCGGACUCACUCUGGGGGUCAUCCUGCAUGCGUCAUGGCAAGAAGCUCAAAACACCACAGAGAGGAAGAGAAAUAUGGCUUUGUUGAGGCCCAGAAGAUUUAUUGACUGGCCCGAACGGAACCAUACUGAAAAUGGGAGCUUCCCGAUUAGGAAGACCACUGGUAUAUUGAAAAUAGACCUGGAUUACUCCACGUUUCAGCCAGCAACAGCUGCAGCACUGAAGUCACUUACUGAUGCAAUAAUUGACAACUAUGUCAGGGUCUGGUAUGGGCAAAUCUUACCUUCCGAGCCAACAUUUCCUCUCUCCUGCCAAAAGACAUUGACUCACUUCAUUACUUCUGUAUCAUCACAUCUUUCCCGGAAGCGGACGGCAGAUGCAUUCCUGCAAUUUCUCACGAACUCAUCGUCUAUCCUUAUUAUAUUUCUUCACGAAUUCUCGGAAGCGUUCGAAUGCUUUGGGAACUCUACGUCACCGGAAUAUACUAUCAAAAGGUACUUAGAACUCUUCCCGGAUAGUAACCUAGCCAAUGUUUUAGAAUUCGAGCAGCAGCGAAAGAAGCUUGACGUUGCCGCAAACGAUAUAUUAUCCAAUUUCCUAGACCCGAAUGUCUCGGGAUGUUAUAUAUUGAAGGAUUUUCUUCGUGAGAUUUUCUCUGGCGCUGUCCUUGAGACUACAAUCUCCAGUCUCUCAAGGCCAGAGUCUAUCAACAGCUGGAUCAUUUAUAUCCUCAGAGAUGGAGAAUCCGAGAUAAUGAACGCUAUUGAUGCUGGCGUGGAAGGAGCUCGAAACCAAAGCGCGGCCAUAUCAAAUACGGCCAAUGGCACAAGCAAUCUGACGUCACUUCUGGGAAAGGACAAUGGGUUUGAUAAACAGUCUUCUUCGAAGCCAGAAAGUCCGGACCAUAAGGAUAAGACAGCAGAUGUUGCCACAAUUGAAACCAGACGACUAAGCGACAUGAUCCCAGCUCAGGAUGCUCUCAGGCAAGAUUCAACGCAAGGACUGCGCGACAGCCGCCGAAUAUCAGUGCUGUCUUCAAAUUCAAUUCCAGUGGCCACGCAACCACUUUCGGAAACUGAGGCUGUUGGUUGCUCUAUUAGCAUGCUAAGGAACAACAAUGAGAAUAGGAUCACAAAACAAACAACCACUCGUUCGAAUUUUGUUUCUGAUAAGCGCCCAGAACCGGUAGAUGCAAGGCUGUCACAGAUUCGGUCUGCGCCUGCCGAAGAAUCCCAGUUGAGAUCGCUCGUGAGUCAUGGAACCUCACCGCUGACUCUUUUCGGUGCCAGCGUAUCAGUCGAUGAUGGUUCUGAACCUGGAGAAAAAGGAAUAAUCCGGUCAAAACCCUCUUGGGACUACCUGCUACAAAUUGAACCAAUGUCAUCCAAUCGUUCUGGCUGGAUGGUUUUCAGGAAAUAUGCUGAUUUCGAAUCUCUUCAUGAAACAUUGGCCAUUAUUUCAAGGUUAAACAGAAUCCAUGGCUUUUCGGAUCGCUACCCUAUAUUGCCUCCAUGGAAAGGCCAAGCGAAACAUGCUUUGGCCCGGAGCUUAGAGAGAUAUUUGCAGGACGCUCUUCAAUACGAGCUGUUCGCAGAAAGCGGGAAGAUGAAGAGAUUUCUGGAAAAGGACGAGAGUCUUGCUGUUGGAUCUACAGGGGCGUCGACAAAAUCUGGGUUUCUAUUUCCCAGUCAAAAUGCAUUCGAGAAUGUCGGAAAGAGUGUUCUUGAUGUUUUGACUAGCGCUCCUAAAGGGGUUGCUGGGGGGAGCAAAGCUGUCCUGGAUGGAGUGUCUGGAGUAUUUGGAAGCGUAGCUGGCACUGGCAAAAAGCCUUUCUCCCAAAGCGCAGGUAGUAACAGCCAAAGUUCCAGGAACUCUCCCGCACCAAGCGAAAAGUCUCAUGCUGGAUUAAAAGACCUACAGCACCACAAAACAGUUGUGCUUGAUAGAGACACCAAAAACCUUUCAUCAUCGUCACCCAUUACCGAUGGCUUUCAAGACUCUUGUUUUAACUCUCACUUUGACAAUACUUCAAGCGAUACUGGGACUCCCAGAGAGGAACAGCCAAACCGAUCCUCUGACCGCGGGAGAACCUUGGAGAUGCUUGAUGAAGAAGCCGUGCGAGACAUUGGUUCUAAUGCGACUCUGGAGGAGCCCGAUCCUUUUCAAGCUCCUGGAGAAAGUGAGACACAGGAGGACAUCCCAUCGCAUUCGCCUUCUUUUGGGACCAAAGCCGAAGUUUUAUGUGCCCCGACUGGCGCAGGGGACGCUGAACAGACGCUGAAUAGCCCUAUAACGCGUGAAGAGACGCAAAUAGCCGUGGAACUAAUAUUCGCUGUUAUCAAUGAAUUAUAUUCUUCGUCAUCUGCCUGGAACAUACGCCGAACUAUUCUUAACGCUGCAAAGUCAUAUAUCCUACGCCCUGGGAGUCCGCAUUUAGAGACGAUUCGCGUUCUGCUACAGAAUUCAAUGAUAGAUACCCACACAUCGGACGAAGCCCUUGGGGGAUAUCUGGUAAAACUCUGCGAGACUGUUUUCCCAACCCAGGCAGACUGUGACCUCCCUCCCUCAGCUCGAACCGAUGCGGAGAAGAAACGUCUGAGGGAAACUGCACGGAAAAUUUUUGUUCAAAAAGGACUGCCUCAAGCUGUUAUAAGUGUCAUGGGUGCUACCGCCAGCCGGGAAGCGCUGGAGAGGAUUUUUGACUGCCUCCAGGUUGAGCCUAUAGCUAGAGGAUUAGUCUUUUCGCUUCUUUUACAGGCGUUGAAAGUGGUGACCUUGUAG